AUGACGAUACAUGGAGCCUUUGGGAAUGGGACAACGGCGGUGAAGGCUGCUCUACAAGAUGUCACCUUGUACCUGGAGGCCCAUGGACUUCCGGUUUAUCGUCUACAUGCGGACAAGGGCGAGACCUACAACCACACGAUCCGUUCGUGGCUUCGGGACCAAGGCAUCAGAGCGACAUGGUCAGAACCUGGGGUUCCUCAAGGGAAUGGCCAAGCGGAGACAAGUGUGAGGUGGAUAAAGGAUCGGGCCAGGACGUUGCUGACGGCGUCAGGUCUUCCGGUUCGUUUGUGGCCAACGGCGGUGGAGGCGGCAACAGCGUGUCAGAGAGCAAGAGUGCUUAGUUGGAAACAGAAAAUGUUAGUCCCCUAUGGUUCCGUGGUGCACGUGAAGCAAAAGGCCUUUGACUCCAGUGGUCCGAGGAGAAGAGAGCGUGCCUUUGAGUCAAAGUGGUUCAGAGGGAUCUACGUGGGACUGAGCAAUAUCCUGGACAAUGGGCACGUGAUCUACGUACCGGGCACCAAAGAUACUAAGGAGAAGUUUGUGCAUACGCUUCAUGCUAGGAAGAAGCUCGUGGACCCAGGCCCGCCUGUCGAGGAGGUGGUGGUGGAUGAUCCUAAGCCCAGGAGGAGACUCGUGCAGAAAACACCACUGGAGGAUGUGGAGAUGCGGGCACUCAAGUUGAAGGGUGAUGACCUCGAUGAGUAUAUUAAGACCCGCUCAAGUAUUUUGCUGAGUGACUGGGACCAGGAGCAAGCCACCCGCUUCGUUGAGGAGCUAGCAGAGCACAGCUUUUUCGAAGAGCAUAAGUUCGGAGUCUUCAGGCAUGGAGGAAGUGUUGGGUGGCUACGUGGUUUGGGAGAAUAUCCUGAGCUUACCAAACUCCUGAGCAAGUUGAUCCUGCAUGAUAACCCCGAGGCAACGUUCACAGCGAUUCAGGUCGCCCGGAACAUGGACAAAGGGAUGCACCGGGAUUUCAACAAUGACGAGCGUGCUGUGAACUACGUAUAUCCAGUCAGAGUUCCGCGCCAUGGAGGUGAUCUAUGGGUCGAGUUGUGUAAGGGUGACGAAGUGAAGGGGGAGAUCAUGGAGCGUGUGGAUGAUCGUGGAAAGAGACUCUACGGCCAGCUUUACAAGAUGCGACAUGGUGUUACUACGGUGUUCUCUCCGAGAAGGACUCAUGAGGUUUUACCAUGGGAGGGAAUACGGACGGUGGUGAUAGCUUACACGCCGCAAUGCUUGGGAAAGCUGAAUCAGCAGAUGGUCAACGAACUUGAGGCUCAUGGUUUCUCGGUGCCGCUAUCUCAAAUGCCGGACUACUUUGUACCCGAGGGGGUGGAGCUGAAUGUCGUGCAAGCCUCGGAAACACCUGAGGAGGAGAAGGAGUUAAUUGAGACGAACUACGUUGAUGAUGUGACCGAGACCGACGUCGAGAAUUGGGACAUGUUCGUGGAGGCAGGGGACGGCCUGGUGAAGGUGGGAGCUAGCGACGAGACGCCUACAGACCAGGAGGAGCCGACUCUUCAGAAGGUAGAGGUCACAUAUACAAAGAACGUGGAGGAAAUCCUUCGCAACUUGUGCAGCCCCCUUGAGGUGACCUACACAGUGGACCCGCGAGAAGUACAUCAAAAUCUUGAACUGUGGCGCUCGGCCAUCGAGCGGGAGGUGUCGAGUGUCGCGGUGGCUAUCUGCAAGCUUCUCCCGGGAACCCCGCAGAGAGCCGAGUGGAUGCGAAGACCAGCUGCCCAGAAGCUUCCCACCAAACUGGUUUUUACCGUGAAACCAGGAGCCAACCCGGACCCAGCGGAUGCCAGUACGUGGUUCAAAAGGAAGGCGAGGUUGGUGGUUUGUGGAAACUACGCUUCAGCAGAUGGGUCUGACCUCUACUCAGAGACAGCACCGUCGGAGUCAGUGAGAAUGGGUUUGGUGUACUCCAUAAGACAAAAGUGGAUGGUAGGCCUGAUCGACGUUGUGGCGGCCUUCUUACGUACACCGCUGAACUAUGAGGAGGGUGCCCCUACCAUCAUCGUCACUCCCCGUCGGCUGUUGGAGCGUUUGUCCAUGAUUCUGGAAGGAGAACUAUGGGGCCUCAUCAGGGCCUUAUACGGGCUUCGACAAGCGCCGGCCCUUUGGAGCGCCUACAGAGACAAGAGGUUGGAAGCCAUGAAGUUCCCCAUGGGCAUGAGGCUACAUCGAGGACGGACAGUUACGGCAUGGUGGGUCUUAAAGGACGAGAAGGGUAAGAUCCGUGCCCUCAUCAUAAUCCAUGUCGAUGAUAUCUUGCUGAUGGGCGAGGAGACGGUUGUUCGUGAUAUUGCCAAAACAGUUCAGGAGGAGUGGACUACGUCGCGGCUUACCUUUCUUCGUCCAGGGGAACCUAUACGAUUUCUUGGUACAGAGAUGGAGGUGGAUGAGGACCACAUGUCAGUGUACCUGAGUCAGCGGGGCUACAUCGAGGAGGUGGUUAGGUCCUAUGGUUUCAGUGAAGAUGACAAGGCGAAGAUUCCCUUGGCCAAGGACCUUGCAAGCUUCGAAUGGGUCGAAGGGGACUUGGAACCGACUCCAGAUGCGGUGGCGAGUGCUCAGCGCGUGACUGGCGAAGUAAUGUGGAUGGCUCACAAAACUAGAGCUGAUGUGGCUUACACUUCGAGUUUGAUGGCGUCGAUUACCUUGAAGGCUCCGUACAGAUGUUUGGACAUUGGCUACAAAGUCCUCAAGUACUUGUAUGGGACGAGGGAAGAAAAGCUGGCUAUCCGUAAUGAUGGAACGUCACUGAUCCUCUACCCGGACGCGGCCUUUGCUCCGAGCAGUGGGAGGUCACACACAGGAUGGCUUGUGUGUUGGGGUGGAACGCCAAUAUGUUGGAGAAGUGGAAGACAAGCAAGCAUCACGCUGAGUACGGCGGAGAGCGAGCUACAGGCCAUCAUCGAGGGCUUCAUUGGCAUGUUGGGGUUGGAGGCGAUGCUCUUGGACUUGGAAGUGGAACCUACGGUCAAAGUGAUAAGGAGCGAUUCAACCAGUGCCUUGGCCAUUGGAGCAGGAACCGGGAGCUGGAGAACGAGACACUUGAGAUUGAAGGCAUCCUGGAUUCAAGAGAUGAUUUCACGUCGUGAGGUGUACGUCAUCAACUACAGCCAUGACACGGCACCAGGACGGACCAUUGAGGUUGAUUGGGACAUGGCGGUCAGAUGGGGCGUCGUCGAGGCCUACUACAAGUAUCUUCCUGGGGCUUCGACGCGGAGGAUGAGAAGGCUUCAGCGUUUAAGAGAUGCAACGGCCAUCGCCAUUGAGCAGGAGCUGGUCAAGGUCACAACCAGUCGAUCGAUCUACGUCACCGGUGCCACCGCGACGGUUACAGGAGGUUUUUACACCCCCGAGACCUACAAUGCCUACGACGCCUAUGCCAUCUCCCGGAGUCUACGGCUCAAUGGUCUGGUUCAGUCUGGCAUAAAGCAGGACAUAGCCACGAGACUGGCUCAAGUGUUAAUCUUGCAGCUGGGAGGAGUGCAGAAACACCAGUGCCACUAUGAGUUGAUCCGCGAUUUCCCAUCCAUCCUCGAACUCUUGUCCAAGCCACUCUACGCGGAGCUGGACUUUGCUCGGUACAAGGCUUUCAUUCUCAAAAUACCUUUCCUGGAUCAGCUCUAUUCUUCCGGCGCAGGACUCUACGUUGACAGAGUGCUCCAGCAAGUCGCCCGAAAGGCCGUGCUUCCUGUGGAUGCGGCAGAGGCCGACAUUGUCUUCUGCAACGGCGGUGAUGCAGAUGCUUGCUUCGUAACCGUCGACGGCUCUCUCAAGUAUACACAGGGUGACCAGGCGCAAGAAGAAAUUUCGGAUGAAGUCCUGCUCGCAGAGAUGUGUUUGUGGACCCAUUGGAACUAUGUUGGCGACCUCAUCUCCCUGACAUUCUCCAAGUUGGCAAAGCUCGAUGCAGAAGCGGUGUGCGGGUGCGUCAGCAGUGCUGUGGAGCUUCAGAACGAAGCCUCGCGCUACGCGCGGAGGUAUGUGCACGCCUUGAACAUGGAGGUCGAACUCACAGAUUUGUGGGCAUUGCCUGCAAGCAUCAAGCCGCCAGAACCACGCUCGGCCGUGUCGAUCAUCCCCUCUCUUGGUCGGAUGCGUGCCGCACCGGAGGUCGGCAAGGAUGCGGGCAGAUGGUGCCGGUGGUUUCCGCUUGGGGCUAGACGCCCGCUUCCUGAAGCUCGUGUGUCGCCGGCAUAG